GUUACGUCAUAUCCGCAUAGCCUGGUAGCUAGCUUCUAGCAAGUACCAGCGUUAAGGUUCAUUGGGAAGUGGUUAGCGAUCCGAUGAAAAUAACUAGCUGCAUACACUGGAUAAAUUAAAAGUACAGUGUGACUCAGGAGCACGAUGGAAGAACAACCUUCAGACAUAGAGGUCACCGUCAAAACGCUGGACUCCCAGAGCAGAACCUACUCUGUUGGCGCUCGGCUGACAGUGAAAGAGUUCAAGGAGCACAUUGCCCCUUCAGUAGGUAUUCCUGUGGAUAAACAGAGGCUGAUCUACCAGGGAAGAGUUCUGCAGGAUGAAAGGACGCUGGCAGAUUACAAUGUGGGUGGAAAGGUUAUCCACCUUGUGGAGCGGGCCCCUCCUCCACCCUCCCAGCCUGGCUCAGGAUCCGGAGGAACUUCAGCUGACAGUGGGCCAUCCUCGUCCUCCCAGGGAACAUCACAGGGACCCCCACAUGAUCGCAAUGCCAACAGCUACGUAAUGCUCGGCACAUUCAACCUCCCUGUCAACAUCAUGGACCCCCAGCAGAUACAGAUGUCGGUCCAGCAGAUGGUGUCAGGUAUGGGAGAAAAUGCCAGGGUGUCAACCAGCACCGGGAGCAACGGAUCUGUUAAUGUGCACAUCGAUAUGGACCAGCCAGUUCAGAGUGAGCCGAGGCUGAGGCUGGUGUUAGCUGAGAACCUGCUCAGAGACAUCAACGAUGUCAUCCAGAGGAUGGAGGGUCGGACGAGUGACUCUUCAACCCAAACGGAGACGACUUCAGCUGCGGCACCCCCACCUCCUUCAUCUUCAUCCACCACCUCCACCCCCUCUCCCUCUGCUCAGCCCAUGGACACCUCCCCACCUCCAACAACUCCCCCGCCUCCCCCCUCCUCGUCUGCUCCGUCUGAGGGACCGACUCCACAGCCUGGGCCCCAUCAUCCCAGCCCAGCUGAGCUGGCAGAGAUGUUGUCUGAGCUGCGGAGAGUUGAGGAGAGACUGCAGCCGUUCAUCCAGAGAGCUCACACCAUUCUGGAGACGGCCACCACUGCAGAAUACAACAAUAACACAGAGAGAGAGGAGGACCAGCGAACUCUUGUCCAGAUGUGCGAGUGUCUCCGUCUCCUUGGCAACGCCCUCGUAGCCCUGAGUGACCUGCGACUGAACCUUAUGAGCCCCGUGCCCCGCCACCUUCACGUGGUCCGGCCUUUCUCCCACUACGCCAGCCCGGUCAACCUUCCUGGAGCUGUGCAUCACCACAUCCCAGUGCAAAUGAACCUGGGUGCCACAGUGACUGUUAACAGCACUGAGGGACAAGCUCCGCCCACCCAGUCGGCCAGCCAGUCAGAGCAGGCAGGUCAGGGACAGACCUCCCCCUCACAGACUACCCCGUCCAAUCAGCAGGCUGGACAGGGACAGGCUGGCCCCCGGGUCAUCAGGAUCAGCCACCAGGCAGUCCCGGUGGUCAUGAUGCAGAUGAACACGGACGGGCCGGGUGCAAACUCUGCAGCAGGUGGUCAGCAAAUACCUGGACAGCCAGGUGCCCUCCCUCCUGACUUUAUGCGAAAUGUCAUGCAGCAGAUCAGCCAGUAUGCAGCUGCUGUAGCUACCAGCGCCGCCGCUGCUACUGGUCAACCAGUCCCACCCCAGCCCACCCCUCCUGGUUACAGCUCCACACCAAACUCUUCAACUACUACGACAGGUCCUAACACACCCACCACCACCCCUACCGCUCCCCCUCCUCCUUCCCAGAGCAGCCCCCAGCCGCAGGCCAGGGUUGUGUUCACCAGACCCCGCUUUGCAACCAACAUGCCGCCUAUGGCCUUCGGGACCCGAGGAACCACCAUCAAUGUGAGGGCGGCCAUGCCAGGCCAGCAGCCAGGACAGGCUUUCAACCCUGCUGCUCUCAACCAGAUGAUCAGCGGGCUGGUUGGACAACUUCUGCUGCCAGUACAAAUGCCUGGUCAAACGGUGACAUCUACUUCCUCGUCCACGUUCACUUCCACAGCCACCCCUUCCUCCUUUUCCUCUCAGACCUCCUCCUCCUCCUCCUCUUCCUCCUCUUCUUCCUUUUCCUUUUCUGCUUCGGGUCCAAUACCACCUCCGACUGCAAACACUACUUCCACCCAGAACCAGGGUGAGACCAACACCAGCGAGCCCCAGGAGAUGCCUCCAGACCUGGGCCAGCUCCUGGGUUCCCUCCUGGGGGUAGCUGGCGGGGCUGAUGCCGGCCCCAGUGGGGCCCCCUCAAUAACUGUCACCACGUCCGGCGUCCCUGCCUUCCUCCACGGAAUGAGCGAAUUCAUCCAGCAGGCCUCGCAGCCCGUCUUCUCUCCACCCCCACCUCCCUCUGGUACCACCCCAGCUCCUACCGCAGGACCCAACCCAGCUCCCAACCCCGCAGCAGCUGCGGCUGAGUCCCUCAACCCGGAGCUGUUCACCGGCAUCGUCCGCGGCGUCCUGGGCACCAUGAUGGGCUCUCUGGGCCAAGCUCAGAACGACACAGAGAGCAUCGCCCAGUUCAUGCAGAGGCUUUCUCAGGCAACCAACAUCUUCAUCAGCCCCGAGGACCCCACAGGGUUCUUUGGUGAGCUGCUGAUGUUGGUGUGCCAGACGUUCACCAUGUCAGACCUGGUGAUGCUGCUUCAUGGCCAGCACCAGCCUCUGGGCCGCAUCCAGCCUCAGCUGACCCAGUUCUUCACCCAGAACUACCUCAACGGCAGAGAGCCCACCGAUCAGAACAUUGCUGCUGCUGCCGACAGCCUCGUCCAUGAACUAGAGGAGUACAUCACAGAGAGCUUUAGAGAGUCUUCAGUCACCGUGUUGGACGGCGUUGACAUCACUCAGACCAACAUGUCUUUCUUCAGACAGCAGCUGACUCACAUCGCCACACAUAUUCUGCGCUGCACCGAUGACACAUUUGGGCCCAGGUUGCUGCAGAUGUGUAACCAGGCGUUGUUUGAGUGUCUUGCCCUCAACCUGCACUGUCUGAGAGGAGACCAGAGAGCUCUAACGGCUGUUAUCAACCACAGGAUACGGAGGAUGUCCAGCGACAUCAGCCCCAGUCUGGUGAACUGGAUGACCAGCAUGAUGACGAUGAGGCUGCAGGUCAUUCUGGAGCACAUCCCCAUCCCACAGGAGCAGAUCCAGAACUAUAUCGUUCACACACAGGGAGAUCAGUCUUCUGCGACCGGCACACAAGAGCCUGAACGAGCACAAAGUGCCACGAUCGGGGACACCCUCUCACCGGCCGCCGCCACCACAGCAGAGGAGGCCAUGUCGGUGUCCCGCGACACUGCGGUGUUGUCACGGGAGACGAGGGCGUUGCCUGGAGACCUGGGAGCUUCAGGUGGAGCUGCACCGUUAGGUGGCGACAUGGCUGCAGCUGGAGCUGAGGGAGGCAGUGAGGAGUCUGCUGGAGAGUCAGAAACCUGGGCUGCAGCUGUUCCACCUGAAUGGGUUCCCAUCAUCAGAUGUGACAUGAUGACGCAGAGGAAGAUGAAAGCUCAGCCUCCGCUGUCAGACGCCUACCUGCACGGCAUGCCAGCCAAACGCAGGAAGACCGGACAGGGCAGCGGGAGCCUCCUCUCCCUCUCUGACGCCGUCAGUCAAGCAGCCAGGACGGCGGCAGUGAAGCCCAUCACCUCCGCUGAGCAGCUGCAGAGCGACCUGGACACCCAGGAGGUGAAGGAAGCUUACUCUGAGCAGGUAAAGGCAGACAUCAAGAAGAGGGUGAGGGAAGACCCGGAUUUCAACCCACAGCAGUUCCCCAACUCUCACAGAGCUUUCUCAUCAGACUCGUAGUCACGUUCAGGCAGCAUUUAAGCCAUUUGCUCCUUCGUCUGCAUUUACUUUUGGAUCUUUAUUUGACUCCCAGUCAGCAGGUGCAGCUUGCUUCCCUCUGUAAACUGCUCUCCACUAACUGUCAUAACUGCUGCUGGGUCUGUCAGAGUGCUGCUUGUAGAGACACUUUGGGGCUUUUCAACCAACAAAACCACCCUGGUUCUCAUAUGGAAAUGGAGGAAAGAAAAGUUAAAGGGUCAGAACCUAAAAUGUUGACUUCCAGUGAGAACCAGAUUGUCAGUAGAUCCAAAUUGGGAUUAAUGACAUCAUAAGUUGCAGGUUUGUCUAUUUAUUCGAGGAAUUCUGAUGGUGAAGUAACAGAGAGAGAAGUAUAUUUAAGCUGUGAAUCUUCAAAAUAAUUAGUUCACUUGUGUCAUCUUGGUUUUAAAUUGUGGCAGUGUUACUGCUGAUCAUAGUAAGCACAGAGGGAAGCGUCUAAAUUCUGUACAGUAAGAUGAUGUGGCUGCUCAUGAACAAUUUCUAAAUUAACAAGGUCUUAGCGCCCUGUUGUGGCUGAACACAACAUGCAGUGCAUCAGUUAAAAGAGCAAAUGCAGAAUAAUGGUAAGAUGUGCAGAGAAAACACUCCCCCCAAAUGCAACAGAUUUAAGUUUAUUAUGUGUCAAAUAUAACAGAAUAUGGUCAUAUCCACUAUUAACUCAUGUUCAAGGACUUAAACCAAAGUAAGUAAAUGAGCGUAAACCUAAAUUCAGUCCUGUAUUAAGUUCACAGACAACAAUAGAAGAAUGUAACCAUGACACAUUUCUUGUGCUUAAUAUAAUAUUAUAGGUGUGCUUUGCAGCCAAUGAUAAGUAAAACUCAUAAUAAAUCCCAAGAACCAAAUCAAAGCCUCGCAGCAUUUUAUUCUUCUGUACAGCUAACUUACUUCUUCCCUGACACGUGUUUAUUACUUUGUUUUUACUCUGAUCCAACCUCCGCAGACAAAAAGGAAACAGCAGAUUAAAGUUCAGCUGAAGUUUUAUUCUCAUGUGUCUUUUUGUAGUCGUUUAAUCUUAUGAUCCAGUAGCAUUGUCACUAUGAAUCCGUAUCACUCAGCACAUCUUUACUUCCUCCCACUGCGUUCCAGCACAGAAGACUUUCAUGUGAUGCUGGUUGGUACCCGAAUGUACAGUAAGCCUAAUAAAAACUUCAUUUAAA